AUGCUCUAUCUCAUCAUUCUUUGUUUGCUUAUCUUUCUUUUGUCUCAACUAACCCACUUCUCAUCAUUGAUACAUUCCUGCACAGCAUUUGACCAACUUCCCAUCAUAGACAUAUCUAGUCUGACCAUUGACACGACCAGAUCAGCCACACCUCAGCUUCCCAUCAUCGAGACGUCUAGUCCGACCGCCGACAUGACCAAAUUGACUGCACCUCAGCUCCCCAUCAUUGACGCAUCCAAUCCGAUUGUUGACAUGACCAAAUUGACCACACCUCAGCUUCCCAUCAUUGACGCAUCCAAUCCGACCAUCAACACAACCAGAUCAACCACACCUCAACUUCCUGUCAUUGACACGUCCAGUCCAACCACACUUCUAUUACCUGAUCUCAAAGCCCAACCAACUGAGGAUCAACUUACCUACCGUAUUCAUAUCUAUCUAUCUAUCUAUCUAUCUAUCUAUCUAUCUAUCUAUCUAUCUAUCUAA